UACAUAUUCACAAGAAUAAUAUAAUAUUAUAUUCUCUAAAGAUAAGGUUCCCAAAUUAUCCAAAUGCAGACUAUUAAAGAAUUCUUCGCCGGAGUGUCACUUUCCGGCGAACCCAGGAGAAAGAAGAAAAUAUUCCUAGCGCUCUUCGCAUCAGUUCUCCUCGUAGCUGCGGUGGUCGGAGUUGUAACCGGAGUUAAAUCCAUCAAAAACAACUCCGGCGACGGCGCUGAUGUUCAAGCACUUUCCUCCGAAGCCCACGCCAUUGUUAAGUCUUCAUGCAGCAGCACUCUCUACCCGGAACUAUGCUUCUCCGCCAUAGCCAACGGCGCCGGCAAGAAACUGUCGAGCCAAAAGGACGUCAUCGAGCUAUCUCUGAACAUCACAAUCGCCGCCGUGGAGCAGAACUCCGCGGCCAUAAAGAAGCUAAUCAAGGCCGGGAAAAACCUGACAAAACGCGAGAAGACGGCGCUGCAAGACUGCGUGGAGAUGGUGGACGAGACCCUCGACGAGCUCCACGCCGCCGUCGAGGAUCUGGAACAGUACCCGACGAAGAAAUCUCUAAUACGCCACGCCGACGACCUCAAAACCCUGGUCAGCUCCGCCAUUACCAACCAGGAAACCUGCCUCGACGGAUUCUCCCACGACACCGCCGAUAAGCACGUGAGAGACGCCCUAAUCGACGGCCAAGAGCACGUGGAGAAAAUGUGCAGCAACGCCCUCGCAAUGAUCAAGAACAUGACCGACACCGACAUUGAAAACCAGAAAAAGCUUUCUGGGACUACUAAUACCAACAGAAAUCUGAAAGAAGACGAUAAUGACGGUGUGGAGUGGCCGGAGUGGUUGUCGGCAGGGGACAGAAAACUGCUGCAGUCGUCGAACGUGAAACCGGACGUUGUGGUGGCGGCGGACGGCAGCGGAAACUACAGGACGGUGUCGGAGGCGGUGGCGAAGGCGCCGGAGAGGAGUAGUAGAAGGUACGUGAUAAGGAUUAAGGCAGGGGCAUAUAGGGAGAAUGUAGAUGUUCCGAGUAGGAAGACGAACUUAAUGUUCAUCGGAGAUGGAAGAUCAAACACCAUCAUCACCGCAAAUCGUAAUGUCGUCGACGGCAGCACCACCUUCAAUUCUGCCACCGUCGCCGUGGUGGGGGCUGGAUUCUUGGCCCGGGACAUAACUUUCCAGAACUCAGCGGGGCCAGCGAAGCACCAGGCGGUGGCGCUCCGAGUUGGCUCAGAUCAGUCGGCGUUCUACCGAUGUGGCGUGAUCGCGUACCAAGACUCCCUCUAUGUUCACUCCAACCGUCAAUUCUUCGUCAACUGCUACAUCGCCGGCACGAUCGACUUUAUCUUCGGCAAUUCCGCGGUGGUUCUCCAAGAUUGUGACAUCCACGCCCGCCGCCCCGGGUCGAGGCAAAAGAAUAUGGUCACGGCCCAGGGGAGAACGGACCCAAACCAAAACACCGGAAUCGUGAUUCAGAAGUCCAGGAUCGGAGCCACUUCCGACCUGAAGCCGGUCCAGAAGCAGUUCCCGACGUUCCUAGGCCGACCAUGGAAGGAAUACUCUAGAACCGUUGUUAUGCAGAGUUCAAUCACCGACGUGAUUGACCCCGCCGGCUGGCAUAUAUGGGACGGAAAUUUCGCCCUCAAUACAUUAGUGUACCGAGAAUACAGGAACACCGGCGCCGGAGCUGGCACAUCUAGGAGAGUUAAUUGGAAAGGAUUUAAAGUCAUCACCAGCUCCGCAGAGGCCGCAUCCUACACCCCCGGUGCGUUCAUAGCCGGCGGUAACUGGUUGAGGGGAACCGGGUUCCCAUUCUCUUUGGGCCUUUAAUGCCAGUCUGUUUAGUAUUGGGUCAGCCUGCAGUGGCGACAGCCAAUAAAACAUAGUUUAGUUUUCUCGUC